AUGCCCAUCGGCUCCUCGGUCAUCGUCGAGCCGAUCGACCCCCCUGGGACCAGGACUGGGACGACGGCAUCAUCAGCCAGCCCCCAGCAUCAGCGCUCGGCUCCGACUCGUAACCUACACGAGCGACGCCUCAACAACAUCUUCUUCACGUCGAAGAAAAAAGGGAUAUUUCUUGUUGUUGCCGCUGUCACAGCAUACCGAGAACAGCUUGCAAGUCUGUCAUGUACGGCCCAUCAAUCACCAUCACAGCUUAUGGCUUCAUCAUCAUCAACACCUGUCAUUUUGUGUCUGCAAAACGCAAAUCGAGGCUUCAAUUCGCCUGAAUAUCCCGAGUACGCCAAACCUGCCUGCCUGCCCUGUAACAAACCCAAUUACCCAAAGACCAACACAGUUAUACCAAAUAAAACAACACCCAAAGCAGAAAACACCACUGAUGCAUGUAGUCCUGUACAGUGCUCGGUCGGUGAAACCCAUGAUCCAUGA